UGUCAUGAGGCUUUUACAAGGACAGCAAGUGGAAGAUAGAUCUAUUCACUGACUGGCGUCUGCUGUCCAACGCACAACACAUUAACCCACCCCACCAAUCAUCAUGAUGCUGGCAAACGCCGGUGGCCAGGCGGUCGACCUUGACGUGACGGUGUCGUCCCAACAGCUGGCCCAUCAGAUGGACGGUUGUGAGCCGCUGGCCUGCGUGCUCUACUCACACUCGCCCUCGGUGCAGAUGUACUUUGCUCUACGCAGCCGCUUGGAGUCGAGCUCAGCAGCAUGGCUUCAGGAAUUUGUCUCCCUUGACGGUCUGGACAGUCUGCUGGACUCGCUGGGUCACAUGACUGGUCCGGCUUUCUCGGGGUUCUCCGACGCUAUCCUCCAGAUGGACUGUUUGUCAUGUGUGAGGGCGGUGCUCAACUCCCGGGUCGGGAUAGACGCUCUGGUCAACAGCUCAUCUGGAGUCAGGAAGUUGCUCAAAGGAAUGGAUAUUGUGAACACUUUGCCCCGUAAACUUGUCCUUGAAAUCCUGUCAGCCGUCGCUGUGUACAGCAAGAUGUCCUACAGACGUGUCAUGGAAGCUUUAGAGACACACAAGCGAGAAAACCACCUAUAUCAUCGCUUCAGCGUUAUCGUCAAUGAGCUCAAGAUGGCCGAGACUGUCCCACACAAGACCUCCAUUCUCACGUUCAUCAACUGCAUCAUCGCCGCCACCACGGAAAAAUGUCAGAGGAUGCGUGUGCGGAAUGAGCUGAUAGGCCUAGGUCUGCUGGACGUCCUGACAUUUCUGCAGAGAGAAGACUCCGACGAGGUUCUGUUUAUUCAGUUACAGGUGUUCCAGGAGAAGAAACACGAGGAUGAGACGUCCUGUGACCCCAUGUCCGGCCAUGACCUCAGCUCCCCGCAGGAUCUGACCGAUGCCAUACAGGCCAAGGUGUUUGGAGGCUCAAAGAUGGUUUGCUUUGUCAACAUUCUGCAAGACUUGUUGGCUCUGGAGACUUUGGAGAAAGAGAAAAGGGACAAAAUCUGGCAACUUCUGGAGCGCCACGUUCGCCAUAUUGUACACGGGCUGGAGGACGUGGACUCGAUGUCGACUCAAUCGGACGAGGUCGCUUGUGGCGUGUUGUCAUCCAUGUUCAACGUCGCGGAUCUACACACUGAGACUCUAAAGAGUUGCCGUCUGGGCGAGACAGCAUCGCAUGAGGACAACGCACAGGGGUUCAUGCGGGGGAACUCUUCCACGUCUGUUAGGCGAGACAUUGUAUCCUUGAAAUCAUCCGCUGAUUCCGGGUACCUGGGUUUUGAUGAUAAGCUGAGCCCUCCGUCGGUCACGCUGAAGGAUAAGACUGAUGUGGUUGGAGUCAAAGGUCAGAGAUCAGAUGUUGUGAACGGUGCUGACCUGGUGUCAGACCCUGAUUCUGCCCACGAGGAGAAAAUGGACAAACCGGACGGGGGCGUGAUGGAUGCCUCGCGCUGUUCGGGGAAGAAAAGUCGACAAGUGAGCCAGUACGACAAUAUGUCGCCUGUCAAGAUGCCGCUGAAAGCAAGAGAUCUGAACUGUGACGCAGUCGUUAAUGCACUGAAUGACCUCAACUCGCUUAAUGUUAAGAACACCGAAGGCUUGUUUGCAAAAACUCUGCCCGCUUUGUCGACUGAAAAUGUCAAAAACUCCGAGAUGGGAAACAAGUUCAAUUUUCCAGGGAAUUUCAACAUUGGUGGCUCUCACCCGGACCCCAGGAAGUCAGAGGGCAACUCGGUGGGUAGCUCCAGCGGGGCCUCUCAUCGCAAGCCCCUCGGCCAGCACAGCUUCAUCAGCUACCAAAAACAUCAGCUGGCGUUCCCCGCCGGGCUGGUGAAAAACCUCAAGUGGAUUAAAUUGGACGAGUCGGCUAUUGGUGAAAAGGAAAAAAAAGUCCUUCGAAUUAUACCGAUUCUGUUCCUCUCAGAAAAGUUCCCGCACUGUGUGUGGACGAACAUCGACCUUGGGAAGUCCAAAGUGAGGCCGGACUUUGCCCAGGUGGAGGAGACGUUCCGCGGAAGAAGUCAGUUAGACGAAAACUCUGAGAUGCCACUUCUGAGUCGCAGCUCACGGCUCAACCUGAACCUGUUCCUGAACCGCCUAGAGGAGGAGCCGGCGGAGCUUGUGCGGCGACUCGUGCGCGUGGACCGCCCCCCACUGGCCGUCGCCUUCAUGAAGCACUUGAUGGAUGUGUUGCCGGAGGACGAAGAGAUCCAGCACCUGAAACAGUUCAAUGGAAAUCUCCAGAGUCUGGGCCAGGCGGAGCAGUUUGUCCUCCACCUGUCAGACCUGCCAGACUACCAGACGCUCCUCACCGGUCAGCUGAGGCGGGCCGAGUUCAGCGUGAAGAUCCCGCAGCUCAAGGUCGUGCUGGCGAGUACGCUGGAGGCGGCGGGGAUCAUCUUGUCGCACGACGGUUUACGGGAGGUCCUGGCGCUCAUCCUGCGACUGGGGAACUUCCUCAACCAUGGUCAGUUCAACGGUUACGCCAAAGGCUUCAAACUAUCCAGCCUGGUGCGUCUAGCAGACGUGAAGUGCCAGGAAGCUGGACACAACUUUGUCCAUUACUUGACCGGUCUGGUGGACAGCACAGAUGACCGCAUCCUCUCCUUUGUCAACGAGAUCUCCAAGCUGGAUAAAGCCAUUAGCUGCAGCCCUUGCGACAUAAAGAGUGACUUUGACAAGAUCAACGGUCAGAUCAACACCUUUGUCUCCCAGCUGUCCUCUGCCAACACGGUCGUUCAGAAAAGUUUUCACGGCUUCUUGGAGGAUGUGAAAAGAGAUCUCCGUGAACUGCAGGCUCAGAUAGCAGAAUUGAAGCAGCAGUCGCAGCGCCUGGCCGAGUUUUUCUGCGAGUCGGAGACGUUUGAGCUGCAGACUUGUCUCAAGACGCUGCACAACUUUUUCAAAGAGCUCAGGACGUGUAGGCAGGAGGUGCAUUUGAUGUCGAAGCAGAAGACGGAGGCGGUGAGGCACAGCGAUAUGUUCAGCCGACAACUGCGCAGGAAAAGCAUGGCGCUUCAGUUUGGACAAGAGGCCGGUGCCAGUUCGUCUAUACUGGAGGACAAGCGACAAGUGAUUGAAACAAUCGUGACCGAACUUCACCGAGGCAACUUCAACCCGGCACUGUCCAUGGCAGCGACCGCCGCUCACAACGGACUUCCUCCUACGUCUCUAUCGGUCUCGCGCCGCACAGAAGCGGCCAGCAAAUCCCCGCGCGUCCAGCCCGCGCCCCACUCGGCCGCCACCACCACCACGCCGGACCGAGAGCUGAACCCGAUGGAGCUAAGCCGCAUCAGUCUGAUGGGUACCCCGAUGAUGAACCGACCGAGCAGCGAACUCAUCGACGACGAACUCACCAUCAGCACGCUCAAACUGGGCACCAGACUUGUCACCAGUUCAGUUUUUGCUGCAGUGAAAAACAUUGCGGACACGGCCGCUAACUCUGGCAAGGAGAAAGCCCCAGUUAUGGCCCUUCCCAAACAGUUAGUACGUACGGCCAUGCAAGGCACCAAGAGGCACCACCGUAGUCGCAGCGACCUGGCCAACUCCAGCAGCGUGACUGGCAAGUGGAUUAGGUACCAGGAUCAGCUGACCAGAGAGCAACUACAUGCGAAGGCUCCACUUGCGCGACCUGAAAGCUCGAUGACCUUGGCAACCUUGAACCUAGAGGCCCGGGGGCACAAACACAUUUAUUCCCAGCCCAUGGCUCUCGUCAAAGGCCCCACCGUCGCGCUUCCCCCGGAGGAAGAGAUAGAACUACCGGCAGACUUCAUCCGCAGCGGGAGGAAAGGAGAGAGGAAGUCGGCGCUCUCCAGCUUCUUCGACCGUCUCUCCAAACGUGUGCUGAAACCUCGCCACCCUGACCACAACGUGGGGAAGGGAGGAGGGGGCAACGAGCAGGGAAAACAAGCCGGAGUGAAAAAGAAUAGCGAAGAAGAAAAAGGAGUGCUGAAGAGGGGCUCGUCAGGUGAGGGGGGGAAGUCCAACAAAUCAAAAGGCAGUGUUAGUGACGAAAAAGAGAAUGUAUGUGGGACCAACGGUCCGACUGAAAUAAACCCGUUUGACAGAAGCAAAAAGAAUCCAAUUCGUCUCUCUAAUCGCUUGAAAGGAAAGAUUAUAAAAUAAAUCUUUUUAUUCUUGAGGGUUCCUUUAUAAUUGAAUCGUCUGUUGUGAGUUUUGUUCCUUUUUCUAUUCUGACUUUGCUUUUUCUACGAAAACUGUCUUUGCAUUUGCCAUAGUUCCUGUUUUUUGUUUUGCAUGAUUGUUGUAGUAGGGCUAUGGCCAGAGUGUGUUUAUAUUUAGCAUUUUCCUAGUGGAACCAAAUUCGUUUGAAUUGUACAUAUUAAGCAAUUUUUAAAACUUAUAAUGACAUGUGGCAGCGCACAAUAUGAUUUCGGUUGUUGAUAUUCCA